AUGUUGACACUCUUAAUAUUUACUUGGGUGCUGUGCAUUUUACCUAUCAGUGUGCUGGGAAAAUCGAAGAAGUCGGCUUAUAUUCGCCGUACCUCGACUGAUUUGACAGAAGAUGAUGGUCGAGAAAGCUAUAAACCAAUUAGCAUCGUACAAGAUUAUGAAGAAGGGUCAACUGGGCAAUCACCCCCGAUCAACUAUACCUUACCGUGGCCUGCUACUACCUACAUACAACCCACUGUCACCUCCCAAGGGAUGACUGUCACAUCUGUGAUUCCCAUUUACGAGACAUGUAACUUGCCAGGAGCAAGGACUACAACAUGUUCACCUUCAUUUCAAACUAUCAUCACUACCAUAUGCUCAACAGUUCUGAUAGGAUACUUCACGAGGCAUACCGUUUCGGAGUGCAACGAAAUUGUCACUUUCUCUACACAGUACGGCUAUUCUUUGGCUACCACCAGACCUCCCGCGAGCACAGUUUCGGCUCUCCACAGACGCAAGGAAACCACGUCAAUUACGACGAACUACUAUGUUCAUAACACUACUACAUAUUAUGCCGCUCCAUGGCAAUCAAUUGCAGCAGGCGAUCCAUCAGACAUACAAGUCAAUAUCUGUGGGCUGUCCUCAGCCGGCGUGCAGGUUUGCACGACAAUCAACGAAGUCUGGGUCGUUCAUACAGAAUAUAUACCGGUCUAUUAUACCGAGGCCAUCUCCAUUUCUACUCUAGUAUCUUCGACUGGCGUACUGGCAUUUGGUCCAGCCAUAUAUGUAACGAUGACACCUGGAACUUUCAUGCUAUCAACGCAAAUAGUAUCCACAACUUUGUCUGCAAGGAACGUCACCUCGACGUCUACUGUCUCAAGCCCGACCUCAGAGUUUGCAGAUCUAGCAUCUACAACUGAAGGCUCAACAACAACAACAAUUUAUAUUUCAGAUCCGGGGAGUACUACGACGAUACACUUGGAACUGGCCUCGCCUUCUACUUCUAUCAAAGAGCUAACCACUCGUACCACCACCAUCACAAGUACGACAAAGAUAACGAGUACCACCACUCUCACACCUCGUCGCACAGUAUUCCGAACUAUUUGA